UUGAUGAAUUCGUCAGGUACUACUAGUGUACAUCAGGCAGGAGCCAUGCCCUGAUUGUGCUUUUGUUCCUUGUUGUUUUCUGCUGCCCCCCUUGUCUUUCGCCGUGGCCUCCACGAGAGGUCUUUUUCUUCUCCCCUGCUAGAUAAAUAAAGUCCCCUUACAUUCCUUUCAACUCGACAACUUCUGUUUCUCCAGCUUCUCCACGAAAUCAUAUAUCAUUCAUUAUUUUCCAGGAGCAGUGCUCACUGUAUACAUUCAUUCCCUAUACAGCUGCUUCUUAACACUCAUUCUCGAAGGAAGAGAUCCAGAAACAGUCCUGCCCAAUCAUUACCUACAAAAUUUACUAGAAUUCAAGGAUAAGAAGUUCUUUGUCGAGCAAACUUGACAAAUUUUUUGAAUAUAUAUCCUUCCGGCUGGAUCCCCUGGUUUACAUCGAAAAACCUCGAUACUAUCUUUCUGAGUACAUAUCGGAGUAGCCAACAUUAUCCAAUAUGAAGUCUACAACUAUCGCCGCUGCCAUUUUGGCCUCAGUUGCCAUUGCCCAGCCUCAUGGCCACAACCGUCACCGCCAUAACAAGCGAGAACUCGUUACCGAGUGGGAGACCGUCUGGGAAACUGCCACCGUCAUAAUUGAUGACGAUUCAACUCAGACAAUUCCUCCUUCGCCUCAGGAGACAAGCACAGGCACUCCCAUCCAGUUCUAUGAGACGUCUUCCACUAGCUCUAGCAGUGUUGCCGAGACCCCCACAGUCGAGACCCCUACAGUCGUCGAGACUCCCACAGUUGAGAGCUCCAAGGUUGAGCCCUCGACACCAACUACCAUUAUCAGCAUUGCCCAAUCUACUUACCAGGCAACGUCUGCUCCAGCCCCUACAAGCACGUAUGAGGCGGCUCCUUCUCCUACAACCCCUACAAGCACAUAUGAGGCGGCUCCUUCUCAGCAGACUACGGAAACUCCCGCCGCAUCCUCAACUAGUACGUACGUCGCUGCGCCUCCGGCAUCUUCAAGCAGCUCCGGUGGUAGCACAGGCAGCGACGGAAUUCCGUAUGGCAAGACGUUUGACGGCCAAAUUACGUAUUAUAAUGCAGCAUUAGGCGCCUGUGGCUACGAAGACGAAGGAAAGGAUGACACCGAAAACAUUGUCGCUAUUCCCAAAGAGUUUUGGGACAGCAUCAGCACAGCUACCAGCUACGGUAUCGACCAGCCGGCGCACCCGCUCUGUGACAAGACCAUCACAAUCAGUACUUCCGACGGCAAGACAACCAAGGCUACGAUUCGUGACCGCUGCGACGGCUGUGUUAACCUUGCCAUCGAUGUCACCCCCCACACCUUCCUUGACCUGUUCGACUCCCUGGACGGCGGUCGUCUUGACUGCAGCUGGACUAUUGACGAGUAAAUAUGGAACACUCGUUUACGCAUUUUCCGGCCCUUGUCUGCCGGGCCCGGGGAGAUAACGCGGGCAUCAGCCAAAUCAGCUUUUCUGUUUGGGGUCCUCGCGCAGCGAAGAGCACAGGGAUAAGUUUCUUGACGACUAACGGGCACUAUAUGGCCUUGAUGAUAUUCUUUUCUGAGAUUGUGGCGUCUUUUUCGACGCUGUCAACAAUUAUUAUACCAAGGGGAAAAGGCUUUGGGCGCUCGUUACAGCACAACCAGGAUCGGUUGGCAGGUGUCAGCAACAGCUUGAGGAGUUAUACCCGUUUUGGUACCUUCUUUUUUAAAGUUCUGAUCCAUCUUAAGGACGGAAGCUUGGGAUCGGAUUACAGACUUUGAUUCUUCUGUACAUAUUUACAGAUUUGGGUAGAAAUGAUCUGAUAUGAUCAGGAAUGGAAAAGGAUUUACCAAUCUAAA